AUGCGAAGGUUUCUCUCCAAAUUACAGAACCAGAAGACGCGUCGUUCCAUUGCAUUUCAAUCAUCCUUAGUACAGAGUAUUACUUUGAACCAAAUUCGUAGCAUUGGAAGCAAUGAUUUCAAGAUCCAUGCUCAAGGUGUAACCAACGUUGAGUUGGCGUUAUUUGAGGCCAAUUCUGGGAUUAAACCGAAUUCCUUUGCUCUUGUAAACCUAGUUGUUGCAGCCAGUGACCUGAACUGUCCCUCAUUCGGACAACAACUUCACAGUUAUGUUUUACGCUCUGGGUAUCUUUCCCAUAUAUAUGUCUCUGCCUCACUCAUCAAAUUUUAUGUUACAAUGCACUCUUUUAAUGAUGCCCACGCACUGUUCGUUGAAAUUCCUCAACCGAACGUCGUUUCUUGGAACACUUUGAUAUCUGGGUAUGUCCAUGCUGGGCACUAUCGAAAAGCUUUGUCUUUUUUCACGCGCCUAGAAAGGUCCCACAUUUGUGCUGACGCGUUCUCAUUCACGUCUGCUUUGGCUGCAUGCUCCCAUCUGAGUCUGAUCAAACUGGGAAGCUCAAUUCAUUCCAAGAUAGUGAAAAUGGGCAUGGAAAAUGGCGCUGUUGUUGCCAACGGUUUGAUUGACAUGUAUGGCAAAUGCGGGUCUGUUGAACAUGCUGUUCGAGUAUUCUCUGAGACCAUUGAAAAGGACAUUAUUUCUUGGAAUUCAGUCAUAGCAGCAAGUGCAAAAAACGGACACAUUGAACUUGCAUGCAAGUUUUUGCACCUUAUGCCCAACCCUGAUACUAUCUCAUAUAAUGGGUUGAUAAAUGGCAUUGCUCAGGCGGGGAAUAUGGAAGAUGCUAUUCAGAUUUUGUCAACUAUGCCAAGUCCAAAUUCAUCUUCUUGGAAUUCCAUAAUUACGGGAUUUGUGAAUAGGAAUCGAGCUAGGGAGGCUUUGGAUAUGUUCAGUAAAAUGCACUCAAGAAAUGUGCACAUCGAUGAGUUCACGUUUUCAGUCAUUUUAAAUGGAAUUUCUGGUCUAUCAGCCUUAACGUGGGGGAUGUUGAUUCAUUGCUGCGUAGUAAAGUGCGGUUUAGAUUCAUCCAUAGUUGUUGGAAGUGCCCUAGUUGACAUGUAUUCAAAAUGUGGGCAGGUAAAGAAUGCUGAAUUAAUCUUCGAUGCCCUGCCUAACAGGAAUCUGGUAAGCUGGAAUGCAAUGAUAUCUUGCUAUACUCGCAAUGGUGAUUUUCCACAAGUUAUCCACAUCAUCGAGUUGAUGAAGAUGGAAAGAGAUAUAAAACCUGAUGGUAUCACAUUCCUUAACCUUAUAUCCGCAUGUUCCCAUAAUCAAAUACCAUUUGAGGUUGCAAUUCAUUACUUUGAGUCCAUGAUUGAUGAAUAUAAGAUUGCACCAUCCGUUGAGCAUUGUUGUUCAAUGAUACGGGUCAUGGGGCAAAGAGGAGAGUUGUGGAGAGCAGAAAGGAUGAUACAUGAGCUUGGUUUUGAGUCGUGUGGAGUGGUUUGGAGGGCUUUGCUUGGUGCUUGUGGAACUCAGGCAGACUUAAAAGUAGCAGAGAGUGCAGCUGCUAAGGUGAUUGAAUUGGAGAGGGAUGAAGAUUAUGUUUAUGUGAUGAUGUCUAAUAUGUAUGCAUCUUUUGGAAGAUGGGAAGAUGUAAAUGUAAUAAGGGGACUCAUGAGUACGAAUAGAGUUAGAAAAGAAGCGGGUUCUAGUUGGAUACAAAUAGAUAGUUCUGUCCCAUCCCCACUAGCCCACAGUACAGGAGAGUCUCUCUCGGAUCUUCUAAAUAAGAAAUGA